CAGAGCAAAAUCCCAGAUUGAGCUACAACAAUGAAACAGUCUAUCAUUAGAAACCUCUCUCUUUAUGCCCGUACUCGUCUUCUCUCUCCUCCCUGCUACAAAUCCAGUUCCCAACUCGCUCUUUCCACUCGGCCCAGAUUGAGUUUCUACUCGACUGAGUCACAAAAUCAAGAGGUCUCCAAAGAUGAAGACGAUAACAUCAGCAACGAAGAGCUGAAAAUGCAAAUUGACGAUUACUUUAAAGGAAAUGACAAAGCAUUUCCAACUAUCUUUGAGGCGAUUCUGAAGAGGAAGUUAUCAGGGAAGCAUGAACAGACUGACAAGCAGUUGAUGGAAGAGCUUCGGGGGAAGAAGCAGGGAUCGCUGAGUGACGAUGACGAGGAGGAUGACGAUGAGAUUGAAUCUGAUUUCGAUGAGUAUUAUGGGAGUGAUGAGAAGGCUGCGGAUUUGAAUCAGGCAAUGGAUAGGUUGAUGAAGGAGAUGCCAAACACAAAGAGAGAAAAUUGAUGGGUGACGGAAUAGGCGAGAGCAAGCAAAACUUGACUAUGAUUUAGAUGGUAUUGUGAAAUCGGUAUUCCCUUUAUAGUUUCUUCAAAACUUUUUUGGUUCAUGGUCCAGUAGGUUAAGCUUCCGAAUUAGCAAAAUCAUGUAACAUUAUGUGUAUUGUAUUUGCCAUUUUUCUGAAUGAUAAGGUACACAUUCCUGUGUUUUGAGAAUAGACUAUCAGCAAGAGCUACUGAAAGCCAAUAACAGCUGAUGUCGCGUGGACUGUAGUUUAUGUGCAUUCUGGUCCUGUCAUUUUAGAUUCUUAGACACGUGUUUGGAGAUAGAAGCAUUGGAAGGAGAGUCGGAGCAUAAAUCAAAUCUUAUGUACCAUGAUGAAAGGAAUCUAACAAACAUACAAAGGGAAAGCAGCGAACUUCUAUGUGAAGAUUCUCACCAAUGUUUACACUAUACAGCAUCAGAGGUUGAAAUAUGUACCCACAUAAAAGGAUUGGACUACAUCAACACCAGAAACUGCAGCAUAUUGGACUGUUUGCAUCAAUGGGGGAGACGCAAUAUCCGUCCUUCGAGGGUAACUGGAAGCACUUCAAUCUCAGGCAAAGUCAGAUUUUGAAGAUUUUAGGGAAGUUGGAACUUACUGUAUUUUCCUUCCUAAUUCAGAUUUCUAUGUAUCUACGGUUACUUAGGUUGCUUGUUCUAGUCUUAUUAGGAUCAUUGCUUUAUUUCCCAGUUUAUGUUUUCCUAGUCUAGUUAAAUCUGAGGACAGUGCUCUAUAAAAAGAUAGUCUAGUUAGCUC